AGUUCAACCAUCUACUAGUUUGGAACUUAAAGUAAGACCUCAGAUGCUUAGUGAAGAAAAAAAUAAUAAUUCACUAAGAAUAAUCGUAGGAAAAACAUAUAUUCUAGAGCAUCUUACUAUAUCUGAUAAUGUGAAUUUACUAGUUUUAUUCACACGUCACUCCUAUUCGAAAUCUGUUACUACAAGACUUAAUCUCAAAUCAUAUUGCGAUAUCGAUGGUAAUAUAAAUCUUUCUGAUCACAAGAGAGUUGUGUGUCAGAUAGAAAGUUUACAUCAUAUUACUAAUAAUUGUAAAUGUAAUAAAAAAUGCAAAUGUCUUCCAAUUCAAUAUGACUUAUGGCUUGAUGAAAUAGUAUCUAUAAUUGCUCAACCUCAGAAAGGCAAGAUAUUCCACUUGGCUCCUAAUAAAGAAAUAGUAUUAGCCGAACUUUGGGAUUGGGCUAAGCAGAUGAUUUCACUAUCUUUUGAGGAACGGAAAAGCGCAUCACUUAUCUGCUACCUUAGAAAGGAUAUACAAGGGAUAGUUUGUGCUCUUAAGACCGAUUUUUCAGAACUAAUAAUUAAGGAAUAUCAUAAUAAAUUAGAUCCUGAGGAAAAAGGUCACAAUUUUAGCAAUGUAAAAGAAUCAUGGAAAGACUCAGACCUAAUUGCUUAUACUAGCACUCUAAAAAUAGGAGUAUCAUAUACCAAUCCUAACAUGGAAGUUUUGAUCAUAGAAUUAGGUUCUAAAUCUAAAGAAAAUAUAUUAUCGCAAGUGAUAAAAGCAAAUUGCACUAUUAUUAAAGUGGAGGAAAUAUCAGAUAUAUCUAACGCUACUAUUAUCAAUCACGAAACUACUGAAUUUUUAGAGAAUAAGCCAAAGAAGAUCUUAGAAAAAAUGCAUUCUCUAGACUGGCAUCAUAUUGUGAAAUGUUAUGAGAUUUCUUCUGAAUUAUUGACCAAAGAUUUUAUUUCGAAAUAUGGAGAUUUUAAUCAUAUAAAAUGGUUCAGAGCUUAUAAAUAG